AAACAACGUGGUCAGUAAUCAUAGAAACAGAACUACAGAAGACCUCCUAUACGGCGUCGCUGCGUCGAGUACUGCCUUCGCAAAACCUUUGUUUCCUCUUUCCUUCACUCACUCUGGUCAGACCGUCAGCCUGAUCCUCAGGAAUCCAACGAUCCAUUCAGACCUCACUUGCACACUGCAUUAAUCCCCGAAAUUGAUGCAGCUUUGAUUGCAUUUUGGAAGACGAUGGAAGUACGAUUACUGGUAGUCUUAUUGUUGCUUUGUGUUUCUUCGAUCGGCAGAUCGGAUGCCUCUUCGAUUUCCGGUGAAGUUGUCGGAAUCUCCCCACAAGAUGAGGAGUAUUACGGAGCUUUAUCAUCGGGGGUAGCCAUAAAGUGCAAGGAUGGAUCCGGCAAGUUCACCAAGUCUCAGCUCAAUGACGAUUUCUGCGACUGCCUAGAUGGCUCCGAUGAGCCAGGCACGUCAGCAUGUCCCAAUGGAAAAUUUUAUUGCAAGAAUGCUGGACAUUCUCCCCUGUUUAUUUAUUCCUCAAGAGUUAAUGAUGGCAUCUGUGAUUGUUGCGAUGGAAGUGACGAGUAUGCAGGCAAAACCAAAUGCUCAAAUACAUGUUGGGAGGCCGGCAAGGAGGCUAGAGCUAAAUUGAAGAAGAAAGUUGCAACAUAUAGGGAAGGUGUUGUUAUACGGAAGCGAGAAGUUGAGCAAGCAAAAGUAGCAAUUGCUAAGGAGGAAGCAGAAUUGUCCAAGCUCAAAAAUGAAGAGAAGACACUUAAAGAACUUGUUGAGCAGUUGAAAGUGCACAAGGAACAGAUAGAAAAGGCUGAGGAGAAGGAGCGGUUGCGGAAAGAAAAAGAAGAGAAGGAAAGGAAAGAAGUAGAAGAAUCUAAGCUGGAGGAGACUAAAACUCAGGAGAAAUCUGAAAAUCAUGAAGAAGCUUUGAAGGAUGACAUUGAUGAGAAGAUUGGUCUCCUGGAUAACUCUCCUGCAAUAGAGAAUGGGGUAGAAGAUCAUGAUAUUACUGUGGAUAAAGUUGACAACAAUGACAAUUCAAUAAUAGAUAAAUCUUCUGGUGAUGAAGCAAGCCAGGUGCCAGAGAAGUAUCCUGAGCAGUCUAUUACGGAAGAGGAGUCAUCUGCUGCUGAUCAUAAAGCUGGCCCUAGUCGCACAAGUGAGGAGAAAGAUGCAAUUGAAAAUAUGGAGUCCUUGUCAAAGGAAGAGUUAGGGCGUCUUGUUGGCUCACGUUGGACAGGGAAGAAAUCUGAGGAGAAAACAGAAGAGACAGAAGCUGCUAAAGAUGAUCAUCAUGAUGACCAUGAUGAGGCAAUUAAUGACCCAGAUGAAGAAUAUGAGGCAUAUAAUUCUGAGGAUGAUGGUGAACAUAAGUAUGAAGAUGAUGAUGCUGAAGACCAAGAAGAUUUUGGAGGGGAAGAUCAUCACGAUUCAAGUUCUUCAUACAAGUCUGAGUCUGAUGAUGAUUUAGACUUAUCAGAUUUAACAAGCACUAGCAAUCCUUCUUGGCUGGAGAAGAUAAAACAAAAUGUCUGGAGACUUUUUGAGGCUGUCAACUUUUUCCGAACUCCAGUAAACAUAUCUGACGCUACACGAGUGCGAAAAGACUAUGAUGAGUCAAGUGCCAAGUUGUCAAAGAUCCAGUCAAGGAUAUCUAGUUUGACACAAAAACUAAAACAUGAUUUUGGGCCAGACAAGGAAUUCUAUUCAUUCUAUGGUCAAUGUUUUGAAAUCAAGCAGAACAAGUACACAUACAAGAUUUGCCCUUUCAAAGAAGCUACACAGGUUGAGGGCUACAGUACAACUCGUCUUGGGAACUGGGAUAAAUUUGAGGACUCCUACAGAACCAUGCAAUUUUCAGAUGGAGAUAAGUGCUGGAAUGGGCCAAAUAGAAGCUUAAAGGUUAAAUUAAGAUGCGGCCUUAAAAACGAGGCAGUUGAUGUAGAUGAGCCCAGCCGAUGCGAAUAUUUAGCAUUUUUGUCCACGCCAGCCCUAUGCCAUGAAGAAAAGCUACAGGAACUACAAAAUAAACUAGAGAUGAUGAGCAAGGAACAACCACAGGGUCACGAUGAAUUGUGAAAGCUCAAGAUAGGCAAUGUCUGGGAUUUGUUGAAGAAGAAUUGCAUUCUUUUUGCCUUGAGGGACAUGAAAACUAGAGUUGUUAGUUGCAACAGGUGAGGAGAAAGAAUGUAAACUAGAUACAAUGAGGGUCACGCUUAGGUUUUUGUCUCCAGGACCAGGCUUACAUUUAUUGUAGCUGUGCUUACUCUAACCGGGAAGUGAGUAAUGACAUCAUCAAAAUCCUUCUCUGAUACUUAAUUUGUUUUUGUUAAAUGGCUUGCGAACUGUGUUGCUUAUGCAUUAGCUAGACA